AUGACUACCACUGCAUCCUACGGAAAGUGGAAAUCCCCCAUCUCAGCCACCCUUCUAACAGAAAAAACAAUUAAGUUUACAGAAACCCAUGUCGACCCUGUCACAUCCCGCAUAUACUGGGCCGAGUCUCGCCCGGCUGAAGAAGGACGUGUUGUUCCUGUAACUUCUGAUGGUGUAGAUCAUUUUCGGGAUGUGAUCCCUUCCGGGGGAUGGAAUGCUCGUACUAGAGUACACGAGUAUGGAGGAGCGGCAGUGGCCGUCAGAAAUAAUUUGCUGUACUUCUCAGACUUCAAAACUGGUCGCAUUUAUCGGAUCGACACCACGCGGCCUAACGAACUGCCUGUUCCUGUUACUCCUGUGUCACUUAUGUUAUCCAAAGAGAAUGACAAGAAGCGCUUUGGAGACUCAGUAGUCCAUCCAACACAAUCACAUAUUCUCAUUUCAGUCCUCGAGGAUCACACGAAAGGCUCUCACUUCUCAGAGGUGGUAAACGCCCUCGUUGCCAUCAAUACUAAGGCCCAAACCGUCACGACACUCGCCUCCGGCGCGGAUUUCUACUCGAGGCUGAAACUGGCAUUCAUAAGCUGGGGCCUUCCGUCUAUGCCAUGGGAGGCGUCUCGAAUUUUUUUCGGUUCUCUGUCCUUUUCGGACGAAGGCGUCGAGUUCUCUGAGCCCCCUAGAGCUAUUACGAGUGACAAGGACUUGUCAGUCUCCCAACCCCAAUGGGCUGAUGCUCGAACACUUUUUUUCCUCUCAGAUAUCACUGGUUAUUAUAAUCCUUACAUGUUUGAUGCCUUGACUGGUUCUGUCAAAGAGGUCCUGACCAAGGCUCAAUCGGACGAAUUCUCUGAACCCGCCUGGCUUCUCGGAGAGUCACGCUACGCCGUUCUCGAUCCAACUACCAUCCUCGCGGCCCCUAUCGUGGAAUCUGUAUCCGUACUAACACUAAUUGAUGUUCCAACCGGCAUAUCGACGCCCGUUUCGUCAGAUUACGUGGGCAUCUCCCGCUUGAAGGCUCUGAGCUCCACCGAAGCAGUCUUCAUCGGUACAGGACAUACCACGGAUGAGCAAAUUGUGAAAGUUAGGCUGGACACAAAAGCAUCCCCGCCUAGCGCUUCGUUCACUAUCCUCAAGCGGUCGUCCACGUUGUUUGACCACUUUCCUUCUGGGCUAAUAUCUGUUGGGCUCCCUCUUGCCUUCCCGCCGGAGGAAGGGAAGGAGGGUGAUGGGCCUCUGCACGUCCUGUUUACGCCACCCAAAAACCCAAGAUAUUCAGCACCCAAGGGCGAGUUGCCUCCGGCCGUGGUGAAUAUCCACGGUGGACCAACAAGUCGUGUUGCCCCGGGUCUAAAUGGAUUGGCACAGUUCUUUACGUCCCGUGGAUGGGCAUAUGUUAGCGUCAACUAUCGGGGCUCAUCAGGCUACGGUCGCGAGUACCGCUCGCGCCUCAACGGGAAUUGGGGCAUCGUUGAUGUCGCGGACUCGGUCUCUGCUGUCAGGCUUUUAGGUGCCAGAGGACUGAUCGAUCCUAACCGUGUGGCCAUUCGUGGUGGGUCUUCUGGUGGGUACACCGUACUUGCGGCCCUGGUUAGGGAGCCAGAUGUAUUCAGUGCGGGCACCUCCUCCUAUGGGAUCUCGGACUUGGGAGCGCUGGCAGAGGAUACACACAAGUUUGAAAGUGGAUACUUGUUCGGUCUGCUAGGUGCAGAGACGCCUGAGGAGAAGAAGGACGUCUGCAGACGGCGCAGUCCCGUCUAUCACGCAGAAAACAUAAAAGCUCCUCUUCUUAUCUUCCAAGGAAGCGUCGACGCUGUUGUUCCCCCUAACCAAGCAGAACUCAUUAUUGAAAAGAUCAAAGCGAACGGCGGAAAAUACAAGUAUGUACUAUUUGAAGGCGAGGGGCACGGAUGGAGAAAAGCCGAAAAUAUACGUGUCGCGUAUGAGACCGAGCUUGCGUGGUACGAGGAAGUGUUUGGGCUCGGCAACGGGGAAUGA